UAUUAUCUGGUUGGUUUACUAAACCAUUAACGCAACUAGUUAACGUUAUGUUAUGGUGAGGACGAGACGCUAACUUCGGACGGCCAAAACGCACGGACCCAUUAGCUCAGCAGACUUGCAGUCAGGGUGUCCGUUGCCUUUCUGUAUUCUCACGCCAUCAAACCCGCCCAAGAGCGUACUAUUGAAGUGUACCUAUUGUUCUCAGGGGAUAUUGUCGGUGCCUUUCUACUAUUACAUAAGGGUAUUCCGCUGCGGUUGCUGUUUCUUCCCUUCCCUGGAUCAAACCUAAACUACGACCGCCGCAGAACCUUGGGUCGGGGUCCCCCCCAUGAAUGGCAAGCCCGACAUCAGCUCUGGACAGCCGGUUGCCUCGUCAUGCAUCAUCGGGACCUGUUAAUAGUACCGUGACAGCCCUCCAAGGAGCCACAGCUGCUUUCAAUGCAAAUCCUGCCAGCAGAGCACGGCCACCUAUUAUCCAUUAUAGGUCUGGCGCAUUCAUGGAGCCUGUAGGGGUCAGCCACAAUACUCUUGAAAUGGAUCCGCCUCGCAACAUUCAGACUCCAGAAUUGCCCGAAAGUGGCUCAGUCAAAGACAAGAUCGGGAAGUUUAGUGCCUAUCAGCAGCAGCCCUCUGGCUUGAAAGAUGCAUUCGGGAAAACCCCAACGAGCAUAGGGGCGAAUAGGUCACGCACUCCGCAGCAGAUCGCUGCCCAGCUGGCCGCAGGAAGAUCGACGCCAGGUGAAAUCACUGCCACGCACACGGGCGUCAGCAGGACGCAAGGUUCGAGACCGACGACUUCAAAGCGCAGUGAUGACAACGAGGGCCCGCCGUUGCUAGCCCCAAAGCCGGUAUGGGCUACGAGUGCAAACACGGCCUCGGUGAACAAGCUCCUUCGCAGCGAGGCUGAUUUGCCAAUUAGAGACAAGUCAAUUCAGCGAAGACCAGUAGCUCAGAUAUCUCCCAUAGAGGCGGCGAGGUUGGCUGCGAAGAAGCCUCGUCCUCCACCUGUGCCACGAAAACCAGCUGCGGUUGCCACUGGUCCAACCUCAGUUCCUAUCAACGUACAUUCCAAAGGCCCAGAGAGUCCAGAGCCGACCUCCAAAAACCACUCCUCACGUCACCUUGAGGAUACUACUAUCCCUUCCAAGGCCCCGCCAGCACUUCCACCCCGAACUGGCGCUUCGUCCGUGCCUCGGAAAGACCUGACAAAUCAUCGGCGGCUUUUAGACACCAACCAUGGGUCCCGGACACGACCAUCGACGCCUGGGACUGCAUCGCUGUAUACUACAUCACUGAGCAAUAGUACUACGAGUUUGCUCGACAGCUCCUCCGGACUGGAUGAAGGGGCCUUAUCGGAUGCGGUCGUGGCCUCGUCAAGGGCAUCUGUUCGGGCUUCACAAGAAAGGAAAGUCCCACCGCCCCCACCGCCAGAGCGCCGGGCGAGGUCUCGAUCUCUAAAGCAAUUCCCGCAUACGGCCAAGGGAGAACACACAGAUUCGUCUAGUCCAUCCACACAUUUACGACAGACCCUCCGGGAACCGACCAAGAUAGCCGAAAAUGAUGAGGGGUACCAAAGGCAUAAGCAUCUGAUUCGCAAGCAUCCGCACAAGCAUCACGAAGGUGACCGCAGAAGAUGGCGGAGUGAGAUUACGGAGAAAGAGCGAAAGCGGUACGAGGGUGUCUGGGCUGCGAACAAGGGAUUGUUGCUCCCUCCCGCGCACUUGAGGGUCCCCGAAGCGUACCCGCCGGAGUCCUCCGAGAUGGUGGUCAACCUGGUGGCCGCUGACAUCUGGUCACGUAGUCGCCUGCCGCGACAUGUUCUAGCACAAGUAUGGGAUUUAGUGGACGGGCAACAUAUUGGUCUUCUCACCCGAGAGGAAUUUGUGGUUGGGAUGUGGUUGAUCGACCAGCAGCUGAAAGGCCAUAAACUCCCACCCAGGGUGCCCGCCAGUGUGUGGGCAAGCGCCAAGCGGAUAUCAGGAGUGCACAUCCAUGGGCUUCCUCCUGCCUGAAGAUGAUGAAUCGCAUGAUAAAGGAGUGGGGACCUGCAAUAAGCCACGAUGGAGAAUCCACGCCGGUGCCUUGUGGCUAGACGAUCGCAUAGUUUCAUAAUAAUACGCUAGUAGGAGGAUUUCUUGACUGCCUGGUAGGAGCGGGAAGCUCCC